AUGCCGCCAGCAAGUACCAGCACUACCAAUGACAUGAUUACUGAGGAACCCACUUCUCCACGUCAGAUCCCUAGAUUGACCAGGAGAUUGACCGGGUUUCUGCCACAAGAAAUCAAGUCAAUUGACACUGUGAUUCCCUUGAAAUCAAGGGCGCUGUGGAACAAGCACCAGGUCAGAAAAUUCGACAAACCUGAGGACUUCCAGGAUAGGUUUAUCGACCAUGUUGAAACCACAUUAGCACGUUCUCUUUACAAUUGUGAUGACAUGGCUGCUUAUGAGGCUGCUUCGAUGAGUGUUCGUGACAACUUGGUCAUCGACUGGAACAAGACCCAGCAAAAGUUCACCACGAGAGACCCAAAAAGAGUCUACUACUUAUCUUUAGAGUUUUUAAUGGGUAGAGCGUUGGACAAUGCUCUGAUCAACAUGAAAAUCGACGACCCAGAAGACCCAUCUGCCUCCCAGGACUCUAAGGGAGAACCAAGAGAAAUGAUCAAGGGUGCCCUGGAUGAUUUAGGUUUCAAACUGGAAGACGUUCUAGACCAAGAACCGGAUGCAGGUCUGGGUAACGGUGGGCUAGGUCGUCUUGCUGCUUGUUUCGUCGACUCAAUGGCAACAGAGGGCAUCCCUGCAUGGGGGUACGGUCUGCGUUAUGAGUAUGGUAUCUUUGCCCAAAAAAUCAUCGAUGGUUACCAAGUGGAAACCCCGGAUUACUGGUUGAAUUCUGGUAAUCCAUGGGAAAUUGAACGUAACGAAGUUCAAAUUCCAGUCACAUUUUAUGGUUACGUCGAUAGGCCAGAAGGUGGUAAGACGACAUUGAGUGCAUCACAAUGGAUUGGUGGUGAACGUGUUCUUGCCGUUGCCUACGAUUUCCCCGUUCCAGGUUUCAAAACUUCCAAUGUUAAUAAUUUGAGAUUGUGGCAAGCAAGACCUACCACCGAGUUCGAUUUUGCUAAAUUCAAUAAUGGUGACUAUAAGAACUCUGUGGCUCAACAGCAAAGUGCCGAGUCCAUUACCGCUGUGCUGUAUCCAAACGACAACUUUGCCCAAGGUAAAGAACUGAGAUUGAAACAGCAAUACUUCUGGUGUGCUGCAUCCCUGCACGAUAUCCUAAGAAGAUUCAAAAAAUCCAAGAGGUCAUGGACCGAGUUCCCUGAACAAGUGGCUAUUCAAUUGAACGAUACUCAUCCAACUUUAGCUAUCCUUGAAUUGCAAAGAGUCUUGGUUGAUUUGGAAAAAUUGGACUGGCACGAAGCUUGGGACAUUGUCACCAAGACCUUUGCUUAUACCAACCACACCGUUAUGCAGGAAGCCUUGGAAAAAUGGCCCGUUGGCUUGUUCGGCCAUUUGUUGCCCAGACAUCUGGAAAUCAUUUACGAUAUUAAUUGGUUCUUCUUGCAAGAUGUUGCAAAGAAAUUCCCCAAGGAUGUUGAUCUUUUGUCUCGUAUAUCCAUCAUCGAGGAAAACUCUCCAGAGAGACAGAUCAGAAUGGCCUUUUUGGCUAUUGUUGGUUCUCAUAAAGUCAACGGUGUUGCGGAAUUGCACUCUGAAUUAAUUAAGACCACCAUCUUCAAAGAUUUCGUCAAAUUCUACGGUGCAUCAAAGUUUGUCAACGUUACUAACGGUAUCACACCAAGAAGAUGGUUGAAGCAAGCUAACCCUAACUUGGCUAGAUUGAUUAGCAAAACUCUUAACGAUCCUACAGAGGACUAUCUACUAGACAUGACAAAGUUAACUCAACUGGCAAAGCACCUUGAGGAUAAGAAGUUUUUGAAAGAGUGGAAUCAAGUCAAACUCAAUAAUAAGAUCAGAUUGGUGGACCUAAUCAAAAAAGAAAAUGGUGGUGAAGACAUCAUUAACAGAGAGUAUCUAGACGAUACUUUGUUUGAUAUGCAAGUUAAACGUAUUCACGAGUAUAAACGUCAACAACUAAACGUCUUUGGUAUUAUUUACCGUUACUUAGCAAUGAAAAAUAUGCUAGAGAACGGUGCUUCCAUCGAGGAAGUGGCCAAGAAAUAUCCACGUAAGGUUUCUAUCUUCGGUGGUAAGAGUGCACCCGGUUACUACAUGGCUAAGUUGAUCAUCAAACUGGUCAACUCUGUCGCUGAAAUUGUUAACAACGACGAAUCAAUCGACGACUUAUUGAAAGUUGUCUUCAUUGCUGAUUAUAAUGUAUCCAAGGCCGAAAUUAUUAUUCCAGCAAGUGAUUUAAGUGAACAUAUUUCAACUGCUGGUACAGAAGCGUCAGGUACUUCUAAUAUGAAGUUUGUCAUGAAUGGUGGUUUGAUUAUUGGUACCGUCGACGGUGCCAAUGUGGAAAUUACCAGAGAGAUCGGUGAAGAUAACGUCUUCCUAUUUGGUAAUUUAAGUGAAAAUGUCGAAGAUUUGAGAUAUAACCAUCAAUACCACCCACAGGAUUUGCCAUCGAGCUUGGAAUCCGUCCUAUCUUACAUUGAGAGUGGUCAAUUCUCCCCAGAGAAUCCAAACGAAUUCAAACCAUUGGUUGACAGUAUCAAAUAUCAUGGGGAUUACUAUCUAGUUAGUGACGACUUUGAAUCCUACUUGGCCACCCAAGAGUUAGUCGACCAGGAGUUCCACAACCAAAGACCGGAAUGGUUGAAGAAGAGUGUCCUGAGUGUUGCAAACGUUGGUUUCUUCAGUAGUGACCGUUGCAUCGAGGAAUAUUCUGAUACAAUCUGGAACGUUGAACCAGUGACUUAA